UAGUGGCCGGCAGAAAGCGGCAGGUUUAAGACCACUUGGGUCUCGGCUUGCCUCCGGUUACUGCAAUUAGAUCCUCAUCUCCCGGCUCCCGCGUACUGAAACUUUGCUUACCGGCACCCCUGCUCUUGUCCCCAGCCAACGCCGUCUGCCGCAGCUGUGAAGUUGUCUCUGCCGGCGGCUGUCUUCCUACCCAUGGCCGUGUCCGGCGAGAAGCGGCCUCCGCCGCCGGCCCCUGCCUCCGGUGGGAUAGCGAGGAAGCUUAUGCUGGCACUGUUUGUGUCCUUGUCGGCGCUGUUGUACAAGCAGCUACAGCCGCCACCGCCGAAGAUCCCGGGCUCGCCGGGCGGUCCUCCGGUCACGGCAACCAGAACAAGGCUCAGUGACGGCAGGUACCUGGCCUACCUGGAAUCCGGCGUCCCGAAGGAGGAGGCCAAGUACAGGAUCAUCUUUGUCCAUGGAUUCGACUCCUGCAGAUACGACGCGCUCCCAAUCUCCACGGAGCUGGCACAAGAGCUGGGCAUCUACCUGCUGUCCUUCGACCGGCCCGGUUACGCAGAGAGCGACCCGCAUCCGGGCCGGACGGAGAAGAGCAUCGCCCUCGACAUCGCGGAGCUCGCCGACAACCUCCAGCUGGGCCCCAAGUUCUACCUCGCCGGCUUCUCCAUGGGCGGCGAGAUCAUGUGGAGCUGCCUCAAGUACAUCCCACACAGGCUCUUCGGCGUGGCCAUCCUCGGCCCCGUGGGCAACUACUGGUGGUCCGGCUUGCCGUCGAACGUGUCGUGGGACGCCUGGUACCAGCAGCUCCCGCAGGACCAGUGGGCGGUCUGGGUCGCGCAUCACCUCCCAUGGCUGACCUACUGGUGGAACAGCCAGAAGCUCUUCCCGGCCUCCAGCGUCAUCGCCUACAACCCCGCCCUCCUGUCCGAAGAAGACAAGCUGGUCAUCCCAAAGUUCGUCCACAGAACCUACAUGCCGCAGAUCAGGCAGCAGGGGGAGCACGAGUGCCUGCACCGGGACAUGAUGGUCGGGUUCGGGAAGUGGAGCUGGAGCCCGCUGCAGCUGGAGGACCCGUUCGCCGGCGGUGACGGGCAGCAGGGGAAGGUGCACCUGUGGCACGGCGCCGAGGACCUCAUCGUGCCGGUCAGCCUGUCGAGGUACAUCAGCGAGAAGCUGCCGUGGGUCGUGUACCACGAGCUCCCCAAGUCGGGGCACCUCUUCCCGAUCGCCGACGGGAUGGCCGACGCCAUUGUCAAGUCCCUGCUGCUCGGACACGAUGGUUCUACAUGAUUGAAUCUGCACUCAUGUUUCUCCAUCGCUCACCGGUGGAAAAACGAUAUUCCAUCUUCAACAAAAAUCUCAGUUAUUUUUGACCCGGGAUUAAAAUCUCUUGAUGUCGUGGGUUCGAAUCCCACACACCGCACACACGUAUAUUUCACGUGAAUAUGUUUUGCACGAAUUACUACUAAAUAAGGUUCCAUUUUAUGUAAGAAUUUCGUGGAAUUAUUUGGCAUGAGUUGAUGUGUGGUAGUUCUCGCUCA